UUUUCCCAACUGAUAGCUAAGUUAGUUUUCAUUGUGUUGUGUUUGUCACUCGUGUGUUUUUCCGUGGUAGUGGGAGAGAGACGGAGAGAUUGUUUUGGUUUCAAACUGUAGUGCGCAGGCGUUCGCGUCAUCGUACUGUUUCAAUGUUUCCCCAGCCAGUGUGACAAACCGCUGCAACUUCUGAUUCAUUCAUGUUGUUAUAACGUUGUGUUUGUACGUGGAGGUUGGGAAAUAUCAGUGUUGUACCUUAAAUAAUAAUAAAAUAAAAACACCAGUUAACACUGGUGCGUGACGAUGGGUCUGUGUCUUUCGUUCGACGUUGGCGACUGUGAGGUCUGCUGCAACCCUUGUUGCCUGGCGCUGAGUGCUUGCUGCCUGGUGCCGUGCCUGUGCCCUAACGCAUGCGGACAGCAGCAGCAGCCGCCACAGCAAGUCACUGUGGUGCAGCAACCACCGCCAGUAGUCUACGAGCAACCUCCCCCACCACCGCCCGGCUACCCAUACCCACCACCCGGAGGAUACCCACCACCAGGCGGCUAUCCAGGCUAUCCCCCCCAACAAGGAUACCCAGGCUAUGAUCCUCAACAAAUGUACAGAUGAAAAGCUUAUAGUUAAGG